GGCCCUGAUGAACAUCCGGGUUUCCCGCUGACACCGCUGCUGUGGCUCUCAGGAGCCAUUUUGGACGCCGUUCAGCUUUUCGCAUAUCAAUCCCUCCUUCCCCCUCCAACUGCCCCGACAGAGGGGGAGAAACACGCAGCAGGGCACACACAAGGGGGCUUCGCUUCUACUCCAAGCGCCCAAGCUCACGUUCCCACUGCUGCCGCCUGGUCAGAAUGAAAAGCUGGAUGUUUGCGUCAUCAGGGACUUUGUUUCCGAUCCGCGCGCUUCUUAGGGAUACACUGUGUUGUUGUGAAGAGCUCGUGCUGUUAUUGUAGCGGGUGAAGAAUAGCGCGCAGGCCUUCGCGUUCAUGUGUUUCAUUUCAUUCUUAAAUGCUUUCGCGGCAUAAAGGACACCAUUUAUCGCCAGGAUCCUCGAAGGAAGGAAUAUGUUUGUUACCUGGCUGACUUUUGCACUCGUCUGGUGCACAGGAGGCAGUCAGGCGGAGGUGGAGACUAGAGAGUGCAUCUACUACAAUGAUAACUGGCGGACGGAGAAAACCAAUCAGAGUGGUUUUGAGAGGUGUGAGGGGGAGAAAGACAAGAGGCUGCACUGUUACGCUUCCUGGAUGAACUCCACCGGAACCAUCCGCCUGGUCAGAAAAGGCUGCUGGCUCGACGACUUCAACUGUUACGACAGUGCCAUUUUACUACGACUAAUUUUAGAUCUACCCCUUUCAUCACUGUUUUCUCUCUCUCUCUCUAUCGCUCCUGCAGUAAAGAUCCAGCCUCCUCAGCCGGGGCCGUCUCUGUGGGGUGUGCUGGUUUAUUCUCUUCUUCCUUUCGCCAUUCUCUCUCUGGCCCUGGUGCUCGCCUGCUGGACGUACCACCAACGAAAACCACCCUACAGACACGUCGACAUUGGCCAGGAUGCUGGUCUUCCUCCACCGUCUCCUCUGGUUGGCCUGAAGCCGCUGCAGUUGCUGGAGUUGAAGGCCAGAGGGCGCUUUGGCUGCGUCUGGAAGGCCCAGUUACUGAGUGAAUAUGUGGCGGUGAAAAUAUUUCCCAUCCAGGACAAGCAGUCGUGGCAAAAUGAAAGAGACAUUUACCUCACCAAGGGUUUUAAACACGAGAAUAUUCUACACUACAUCUCAGCAGAAAAACGUGGCACAAACCUUCAGAUGGAGUUGUGGCUGGUCACAGAAUUCCAUGAACGGGGUUCACUAACAGAUUACCUGAAGGGAAACCCGGUGAGCUGGCCUCAGUUGUGCCAUAUUUCUGCAAGUAUGUCCCGUGGCCUGGCGUACCUUCAUGAAGACCUUCCUUACAGAGCAGAGGGACCCAAACCCGCCAUCGCACACAGAGACUUCAAGAGUAAGAAUGUCCUGCUCAAGACUGAUUUGACCGCAGUGAUUGCAGACUUUGGGUUGGCUGUCUGCUUCGAGCCUGGGAAACCGCCUGGAGAUACACACGGCCAGGUGGGAACUCGGCGUUACAUGGCUCCAGAGGUGCUGGAGGGGGCCAUUAAUUUCCAAAGGGACGCCUUCCUAAGGAUCGACAUGUACGCUCUAGGACUGGUGCUGUGGGAGCUGGUGUCUCGCUGCACUGCCUCCGAUGGUCCUGUAGGUGAGUACCAGCUGCCCUUUGAAGAGGAGGUGGGCCAACAUCCUUCACUGGAAGACCUUCAAGAUGUGGUGGUCCACAAGAAGAUGCGGCCCGUCUUUAAAGACUGUUGGAUCAAACAUCCGGGUUUGGGCCAGUUUUGCGAGACCAUCGAGGAGUGCUGGGACCACGACGCAGAGGCGCGACUGUCGGCGGGCUGCGUGGAGGAGCGCAUCUCCACCAUCUCCAAGACAGCCAACACCAUCAACACGUCUACCUCGGAGUGCCUGGUCUCCAUGAUGAUGACGUCCCACAGCGACACGGACCUUCCUCCCAAAGAGUCCAGCACCUGAACGCCCGCCUCCAAACAUCAGGGACUGCCAACCACUGCGUUCAUCGCUCCAGUAAAUGUGAACUUUGCUGCUAAUUUGAUCGUCAUGUAUUUCAUUUCUUGGAUCGCUUUCACCAGCACAUUCAUCUACUGUACUCUUCCGAGAGGAAGGCACACACAGAAAAACCUCAACCAAACUCUCAGAGGGCAUUCAGGGGAUCGUUUCAGACUGCUGGGAUAUGAGCACACGUUACCUCAUCGGAUUUAAUGCCAUUUUUAUGUUGUUUUUUUGCCUUCACUCCAUGAAUACCUCCAUCCGAACGCUCGACCCUCGGGUUUUAUCAAGACUACGCGACGAUCUGAUGACUGUUACACAAACUUCCAAGAGCACACAAGGUCCUUUUUGUACUCUGUGAAUUUUAGUCUAGUUUUAACGUACCCUUUCUUCCUCGAAAUGUCUCGUGGGAUGUUAUUUGUCGUGUUUCCGACAGUGGCGGCAGUUGUCUGGGACACUGGAAGCUGAAGGCAGCGGGACUGUUAUGAUUCGAGUUGCCUUUCGCAGCAUCGGGAUUGGUUUUAAUGUAGCAUCCGCUUGUGUUGAAGUAUCUGAAGUCAGACGUGCCAUCAGUUCAGCGUUCGUUGUUUCCGAGUGACAAGAGCUGCAGUCGAAGUGUUAGUUCUGUAGCCACGUGAAGAGCAGCGCUGCGUUCCAGGUUUGAUUUCAAUGUUUCGGUGCAUCAGGAAAGCGCGUGAUGUUUAUCCGCUACACUACUCAGGUAAACUCUGUGCAUGUGAUUGUGUGACCGCUCACUCUUACAGCAAUAGUUCUCAGCAGUA